UCUUAGAUCGCCUCCUCGUGGUGCACCCUGGGUAACGCCAAAUGAUCUAUUCCCCCUGGAUGCUGUCCUCUUCAGGGGCUCCAGCAUCCUCUGGUAACGACCGUUUUUGUCCUCGGACCACGUUUCUUUAGAUCCUCUUUUUGUAUUUGAUCGCUUUGGGCUGGUGGUCACAGGUUUCUGGACCUAGCUGUCUUCUGACACGGUAGCACCGGGGUGAAACUCGCGUGUGAACGGCUCCAGGCUAAGUCUCUGGCUGCCUCCGUCCCGUUAAAACCCUGGCAGGCCUCAAGGUACGUUCUGCAUCCGUCACCAUUAAGUUGGUCGUGUAGGUUCGGUUGUAGUUUAGCUCCCGAUUAGUUCUGGUCUGGCUCUGAGCACUUGUUCCCAUAAGGACCUGUGCCAACCCUCGCAUGGCCUCCAUGCAUUUGCAUAGAUAACCAUGGGACUUCUUUUUAUCAGUAACUACACUUACGGGUGUCAGAUAGCGGCUUUGAGUGGGGACCCUUUUAGAAUGAACAAAUCAAAUAAAAAUUUUAACAAACCUCCUAAAACUCCGAACCCUUCAGGGGGGCGUUCAAGCCUUACAAGGCAAGCGCCUAUUAACAACCAGCCGUCUAGAGCUUCUGCUCAGGCGGUUCGUACAUGUAAUGCUCCGUCAUUAAACACCUUGGCAACUGUGCCAGGUGGUAAUGCUGCCUCCUGCUCCUCUGCUAGUGCUGCGGUCAAAGCUAAUACGCCAACCGCACCAUCUGCAAUUAGUACCAACUCAACUUCUGGUACACGUUCCCACCCUAACCCCUCGACAAGGGCGUAUAGGGCGCGAAGGUCAGCAUACCGCAUCCUCUCUAGGCUCAAUGCCGUGGAUCCUUCCUCGCUCUCAGAAAGCGAUAAGGCGUCACUAAAGUGGGCAAGGGAAAAUGUCAAUCUCCGGCCCUCUGACAUCGCUUCUACCUCUACACCUGCUCACAAACGACAAAGGUCGAUUGAGCAGGCCGGUAAAUCAAUUUUGACAAGCGCUCCUAAGCGCCCUAAAUUUGGUCCUCCGAGACUCCCAUCUCUAUCAAAACCUCUUAGCGAGAUAGUCAAGGAGAGCCUGACCUGGGCCAUCAUCAACGCUGGCAGUAGUGAUGGCACCAUCUCUCCAGCAAACUGGAAGAAAGUUGAACGGGCUCUCCUCAAAAUAUAUAUGGAAAUUAUUGCCCUCAACCCUGGGCCAUCUCCUAGUUGUAAAGACGCUGGAUGGUACCAGGGUCAUAUUAAAAUUAUCGCCUGCUCAGACUAGCGCUCCGCGGAUCUUUAUAAGCAGGCGAUCGAAAAGGUUGGGGAACUCUGGCCCGGCGCACAUCUCAGAGCUGUUUCGGUGGAAAAUAUAUCACAACGCCCCCGCUCCAAAGUGUGGCUUCCUUCGGAGCUUACUUCCCCUGAGGAAAUUCUUUCCGUUUUAAGGGCCAGUAACACUGACCUCCCCACACAUAACUUGAAAGUUGCGAAGGUCAGUGACCCCAAGGGCGACUUCGUCGAAGCCGUCGUAGUUCUUAACGAACAAUCUUUGGCACCCCUUCAAGCCCGAAAUGGGGUGAUUCACUAUGGCUUCGGUUCGGUCACCCUACGUGUUUACAAAAGUGACUCUCAAGCCGCUAAACAACAACAACCUUCUGGGGGAGCACCUUCGGAAACGAUCUCUGAUGACGGAAUCGGUUCCAUCUCCGUUCUAAAUAACCCCGAUGCAGGGACUUCCGAUUUAAUCGGCACUCCUUCCUCCGAAGAUGGAGGUAGCGUAAUCUCGUCUUCCGAAAUGGUCGGCGAGUUCUUUACAGGUAUGGCGCUCUCCCGGGAGACCUCACCGAUGUCGGACGAGGAUGAACUGGACAGUACCAUAGUUGAAAAACAACCAAGCUGUUGAAGGUCGUCCAAAUUAACCUCCAACACUCCAAAACUGCUUCGGCAGCCCUUCCCCUCCGCCUAGCUGAAAAAGGAGAGGACAUAAUGCUGAUCCAAGAACCUUGGAUUGUAAACAAUCGGGUUUGCGGACUGAAUACAAACGGUUAUCGGUUAGUAUUCACAGAAGGUCAAGGUUCAGUGACAAUGACAAUGUAGCCAUGGCCAUCGAUUACGACUCCAAGGCCCUUUGGAUUGUCUCAGCAUAUAUGGCACACGAUCACGGUGCCACUCCACCACAGGACU